GGGGAGGUUAUAUACAUCACAUCACACUACGAAGGUACAUUUAAACGGAAUUGUGUGGAGACGUGAGAGCGAGGAGACGUCACAAAAAAACAAAAAAACAACAACAUCAGCACCUGAUUUUCUCUCAUCAGGAUAAAUCAACGGCAUCGGGCAUCUUCUUCUGCGUUUUGGGAAAGGUCUGUUUGGAAUCACUUUGGAGAUGUCCAACGUCCAGUUAUCGUGCAGCGCACUGGAGAGGCUGGUGGCCAGGAGGACCUUCCCUCUCCACAGACGCACCAGCGUCUGUCGCAGCCUCUUCGGGCCGGUGGAUCACGACGAGCUGAGCCAGGAGAUGAAAGCCAAGAUGCAGGAGAUUUCCGAGCGCGACCAGCAGAGGUGGAACUUUAAUUUCGCGGCCAACACCCCGCUGGAUGGGGAUUACGAGUGGCAAGAGGUGCCCGUGGAUAAGACCCCGGCGUUUUACCAGGACUCUGUACAAAACGACAGGACCCGGGUGCCCGAGACCCCCGUCAAGCUGAGGCCGUCCUCGGACUCCACGGUGCCGGAGACGCCCCGCACGGACGUACAGGAGCGCCUGGCCGUGCCCGAAAGCAGCAGCACUCCCUCACAGGUGGAGGUCAACCAAGAGAACCGCGCGGACAAGCUCAACUCAGGGAAGCAGGGUCACAGACAGGUCCCGUGUGCGCGACGCAAGAGGGCAGCGACCACUGACAACAACAACACACACAUCACAGACUUCUUCGUGAAACGAAGGAGGGCCGCUGACAGAAAACCCAGCGACGCGAGUGCCUGCCACCUCUCCGUGUCCCCGAUCCCGGUGGAGCAGACUCCGCGAAAGAGGAUCCGUUGAAGGUGCGUGUCGCCGUCGCUGUCCUUGCACUACUUGCCUGCGCGAUUUUUUUGUUGUUGUUGCUGCGGAUCGCGAGGCGGCGGAGGAGAGAGAGAGAGAGACGCGCGUGUCCCCGCCGCUCGACCGCCGCCGGAGGAGGAGGAGGAGGAGGAGGAAGAGGCGGCUGGCGGGGACGGGAGAGAAGAGGAGCCCCGACCGGCCCGCUGCCCCGACCCGACCCGGCCCGCUGCACCGGACACCGGAGCAAACUCUCAGGACUGAACGGUUUGGGCGGAGGAGGAGGGG